GUACGUUUACAAACAGCUGAAAGUGGUCAAUAUAAAGGUAUGCUUGAUGUCGCAAAAAAAGCAAUUGCAACAGAUGGAUUUACUGGAUUGUAUAGGGGAAUGGGACCUCCAUUAGCAGGUGUUACUCCAAUUUUUGCAGUGAGUUUUUGGGCUUAUAAUCUUGGUAAAAAGAUUAUAUAUUUCGCAACGCCUAAUCGUAAAUCACAAGAUCUUAGUUUAACCGAAUAUGCAGUGGCAGGGUUUAUUUCGGCAGGUCCAACAACAUUAUUUAUGUCACCAGUGGAAAGAAUAAAAGUUUUAUUACAAAUUCAAGGACAAGGAGGUGAAGGAGCAACCAAAUAUAAAGGACCUAUUGAUGUAAUUCGUAAAUUACAUAAAGAAGGUGGUAUAGGUAGUAUUUAUCGAGGAGUAGGAGCAACGUUCAUUCGUGAUGCGCCAGGUUCGGCAGCUUAUUUUUGGGCUUAUGAAUUUACUAAAAGACUUUUAACUCCACCUGGCGCUUCACCUGAUUCUUUGAAUCCUUUAUCAGUUUUAUUUGCAGGAGGUAUGGCAGGUGUUGCAAUGUGGACAAUUGCAAUUCCUCCAGAUGUAAUUAAAUCACGUAUACAAUCUGCACCAGUUGGUACAUAUAGUGGAUUCAUGGAUUGUUUACGAAAGACACUCAGAAGUGAAGGACCUAAAGCAUUAUUUAAAGGUAUUGGACCCGCGUUUUUGAGAGCAUUUCCAGCAAAUGCAGGUGCAUUCUUAGGUUAUGAGGCUAGUUUAAAAUUAAUGAAUAACCUUUGGUGA